CAGUUCCUAAACGGAUUCUAUUGAAACUGUUGCACAGAAAGACCAGCAAGCCACUCACAACAACCGUGCACGCAUGGGAUCGUCUACGUCGUCAGCGGAGGCAAGUCACGUGACGAGAUAAUGUAGUUCCGUGUGCUUUAGCGGGCAGCUUGCUUAGUGGGCGGUGCACUAUUUAAGUGGUACGUGUGCUAGCUAAUUGUUUCUGUUUAAUUUGUGCGUGGGCGCGGUACCUCUCGACCAUGUGUAUCAGUGAUUUACAGCUUCCAUCCAAUAGGCGGAGCCACGAAAGUAGGCCGCCUGCUAUGACCAACGGCGCAGACAGCAGAUGCUGUAUCCAGCAGACAUGGUGUGGACAGACAGUCCUUUCUGGUCAUCAUGUCUCUUCCUCACCUAUCUGUUGAAGAUAGAAAGAAGUGUCGGAAACGAGGUAAAGAGCCUCGUGAAGAGUGUGGCAUGGAACCCAAAAAACGAGCAAAGAAAGGCGAUCCUCGUGAGACAUAUCACCAUCCUGUGACACUGGCAGCUCUGGCUGUGCUCGCCGAAAGUACAGGUGCAGUGGAAGAGAUUGAAAGUAGGUCUGGCACCAGUCUGCAGCUCAUACACGACUCAAGGGUUAUCGUCAUCCAAGGUUCUCGCUCGCAGAUUGAAGAGGCAGUCCGACUCAUCAAUGAACAGACAGGCGUUGAGGAUACAUUAACGAAGCAAGCGCAAAAAUACUGGCUUCAGUGGGUUCAGGAGGCGUUUCCUGAUCUGGACACGUGCGCCUAUUUUGUUCCUUCGGUCUUCUUCAAGCGUGUGUCGACAACCAACGAAUUGAUUGCUGGCCAGAAUGUCUCCGUCAUUGUCGAACCCUUUGGACAGGCAGGGACCCAGGUGUCUGGAUCUCCCUAUGUACUGGUAAGGUCGUCCAGGACUGCCAGGUGAGGGAGGACGCCUCCGUGGAAAGGGUACUCUUCUGCUUGCAGGAAAUGGCGCGAAAGACCAAAGAGGUUUUUGUUGGCCUGAGCAAUUUUCAGUUUGGUGAUUACCUGGGAGAGCCUCAUUACGCUGCUGCCGCUGCACAUCUGCCUACCUGGCCAAAACGGGGGGACUUCGAUGUUCUUCUCAUUCAUCGAUGCUAUGGGCUUGUCGUCUGUGAGGUGAAGGCUGUUGGCGACAACUUCAAACAACUGGACCUGUCACAGGAGGAAAAAGACAGUAUAAUUAGAGUGAAGCUUGCAAAAGCCGUUUCCCAGCUGGACAGGGCGGAGGACAUGCUGUCACAUGUGGUAUCCGACCUCGCACCUGGCCUGCGCAUUGCCAAGACGAUUGCUGUUCCGAAUCUCACAAGACUUCAGGUAGAAAAUGCAUUAUCCGGCGACGACCUCAUAGAGGACCUGCGCCGAUGUCUGGGAACAACAGAUUCUGGAAGCAUUUCUGGCCACCUUCUUUGCUCUGAUUGUCUCUCUGACCCCGAGACACCAUGUGACAUCAGUGAAGAUGUGCUGAAUGAAUUCAAGAACUGGUGGCAGCGACGAGUGGCUGGGCCUGGGGCUGACAGUCACAUGACCAGUGACGUGUACAUGACACUGGUGUCCAGGUUCUGUGGACCUCCAACAACCGUGAACGUGCUGUGUACAGCGCCCCCUCGUCGCUGUGUCAGGACUUUAGGUCGGGCCGUCUCCCUGACAGGAGAGUGCUACACCUCUCAGAUAACCUUACUCCCAUAUCAGUUUGACCUUAUCAACUCGGCGCCCCCAAAGGUCAUCCUUGCCGGACCUCCAGGGACAGGAAAGUCUGUCGUGCUGCAGCUGAUGGCGACAGUAUGGUUGCGACGGGGCAGCGACGUGUACAUCAUGAGUACUUGCGACAGCAGCCGUGCAUCGUGCGCCAUGCUGCACCAUCUCCUAGAGCAGACGGCAAAGGUCACAUCAGACCAGCUUCACCUUCUGCACUAUGACCUCUCGACGGCAGGACAAAUGGAAGCCGCCGUGAACAACUUGGCGCAGGCAGCGCUGGCCAGGAAAGGGAGGUUACACGUCAUAGCCGAUGAAGCGGGACCAGACGUAAUACGCUUUGAGAUGUUCUGCAAUAAGCUAGUAACUCGAACUACCGAGCUUCACCUGUGGGCGGCAAGUUGUUAUCAUGGACACGCGCCGGCAAGCUGGCAACAAAAGUAUUUCACUAAAGCCCUCCGCUCUCCCCCGGUCGUCGUGAGGGAAGUGGUGAGUCACUGGCGCAAGACCAGGGAUCCCCACGUCGACGUCUACACAAGCAGCGGGCUGCCUGUCCCUGCUGAUGGACCACCCGUGAUGAGGGUGUUUCACGGCGGUGAGAACCAUGCCGAGUCGAUCGGGGCCUGCACCAGGUGCGGUCGGAAGGUGGCCAAAAUCCUCCGAAGUCUCAAUGUGGGUGAUCUGGGAAGUCCCGAGGUCGGAGCAGACCAAGUUCCCUCGAGCAGCGCAGUCUCCGAUCCACCCCGCCUGCAGUACAGAGACGUCCUGGUCCUGUACACCGGUGACGAUGGUGACUACGAUGGCGUGUUGAAGGGACUGAGCGAUGGCAGCGUUCCACUGAUGGUGAUGAUGGACGGUGACAUCGAUGACGUGGCCAUGGCCAGACAGGACGUCGUGUGGGCGGCCAAUGGUGACCGGGUGCGGGGUCUGGAGAGAAAAAUCAUCGUGUGUCUUGGGGACGAUGACUUCCCCCUGCACAUUAUGUCACGGUGUUCGUCACAACUCGUGGUCGUCUCCCGAUGGGAGCAACAAAACCUUUAGUUGCCUCUUGUGCGUUCUCUUAAUUUGAAAGCCGCAUUGAUCCCCUCCACUUUUUUUUUACUUUAUCCGUGAUUGAUUAUAAUAUUAUUACACUCGUGUUUUUUGUGUGUUGUUUUUUUUAGGAAACCAGGAUAUUUGUUACUUUUUUUUAGCAGGCUAUGCAAUGGUGGUUUGAAUUCUGUCUUUUUUUAAUUUGGUAUUUUUUAAAAUUUUGUCCUUACUUUUUUAUAUUAUUUAAUUUUGUUUCCAUUUGAUUUUGGUCUUAUGCUUCGAUUAUUAUUUUUGCUUUCCUAAACUUUUCUUCGCUGUUUUUUAAUUUUUAAUUUGAAAUUUUGUUCUUCAAUGUCAAAGACUGGGCAAUAAUUAAUUCAGUAUUCAGUUUUCGCAUGAAUUAAGCCAAAGUUAUUGUAAAUGGUACUAUUAGAUUGCUUACAGUAUUCUUAUUUUUAUUUGAGGCUUCAUUACAAUCAGCGUUCUUGCAACCCAACUUUUACUCGUAACGGGAUCAAACUUCACAACCUAAGUAUGAAUAAUACUAUUCAUCUUCUAAAAGGUCGGUGUUCUCUUCAUCAUUUUUAUAACUUAGGACACACCACUGCCAAAGCCUUUAAAGUAUUUGUUGUAUUAUUUUGGUAUUAUGUAUUAUUUUUGUUGUUUAAUUAAACGUUUACAUUGUUAAAGUUCUUGAGAAUUUCCUUUAUGUCUCUAACACUUUUGCCAUUUCUUCACAAUGUUUCGGAAGAAAAUUUGACAUCAAGGCCUUUUUAUCUGCCCAUUACAGCCUUCGCAGUAUUCUCUGACUGUUGUUGUAUAAAUGUGUCUGUGGAUUUUCUUUAAGAUUGAAAGUUUCUCCACCUUCAGACAGUUCUAGAAGUUUACCAAUAUUAUGCUCCACAUUAAGCAGGCAGUAGCUAACAGGACUGCCUUUCCAUUGUUUUGAUUUUGUUGCUACAAACUGCCAUGUGAUAUUAGAUAUUAUGAUGUGCAUGUAAUAUGUUUUAUAAUUUAUACAUACUAAUUUGUAUUUGAAAUGUGUAGUGUUUAUGAGACUGUGUUUCUGUGAGAGUGAGUUCCUUGAUGAAAUCUGAAUGGAUAUUUAGUGCCGCUAGACGUUUAACGGUUGAAAUCUGUCGUUAAAUUCCGAGCCAAACAGAACCUGUAAUUCCAUGUUGUUCGGUCUGAAUGAUGUAAAAGAGAAAAAAAUAUACGAGAAUGAGCAUCAUACUGGUUUUCUUAAUCGGGCUAGUGGGCAUAGAUGACUAUGUGCACUGUCUAGUCCACACUAACAGUCACUUUGUUUGCCUCUCAUUGCUAAUUUAUACUGUUGUUCAACACGUUGUUGAAAACACUGCAAUAAAAAUAAACAUGAUUUAUGUCCGAGUUUUA